AUGUAUAAAUUUAAAAUUUUAUUUUUUAAUUCAUGAAAUUAAAUGAAAUUAACUUUAAUUCUUCAUCUCCAUUCGAGCUCCUCAUCCUCAUCCUCCUCAUCAUCCUCGGCUUCCUCUUCAUCAUCCCUCCAUCAUCCCUCUUCAUCUUGGGUUCCCCGCAGAACCCAGAUAUGGGUUCUACGGGGAACCCAGUUUUGGGUUCCUCUGGGUUCCACGAGGAACCCAGCACUGGGUUCCUCAAGGUACCCAGUUGUUGGGUACCCCGUGAAGAACCCAGAUCUGGGUUCCGUGCGGAACCCAGUUGCUGGGUUCCUCGAGAGGAGACGAUCGAUUCAGAGAAUAAACUCGAAAAUCAGAGAGCUGAAAGCAGAGAUGCAAGAGAUAGGGAGAGUAGCCUGAUAAUGCAGCAGAGUGACAAAACCAGAGUCCGUUUGGGACUUAUGCUGCAUAUCCUAAAAGCUAGAGAAGACAACGAUUUGGCCAAAGCCACUCAGCUCACCCAGGUUCUUCGUGAAGUUAUAGCGAACCAGAAUCAGAACCAGUGAACUGUGAUAUACCAGCUUUGAGUGAGAAUGGCUAAUAAAUAAUGGGGUAUGUCAAAGCAGUCCAACAAAAUGAAGAAAAUUGCUUCGACUAGUGUUUGCUCUUUACCGCAUUAAUAAAGGGUUUUAAAUGUG